AUGGGUUCGCUAAGGAGCUUUAUAAAGGAUGUGAGGGCGGCUAAGACGCUAGCGGAAGAGCGUUCCAUUGUGACAAAGGAAUCGGCCAGAAUUAGAACGAAACUCAAGGACGAUCACCUUCCACAAGAAAAGCGGCGGAAGAACAUCCAUAAGCUACUUUAUCUGCAUAUUCUAGGCGAAAAAACGCACUUUGCACAAGUAGAGUGUAUCAAUCUAAUCGCUUCUGAAGAUUUCCGCGACAAGAGGCUAGGAUACUUGGCAGCGAUGAUUUUACUCGACGAGAAUCAAGAAAUUUUAACGUUAUUAACUAAUAUGCUGAACAAUGACCUGAACCAUCCCAAUCGCUAUGUGGUGUCACUAGCACUGUCAACUCUUGGCUCUCUUAUGUCCCCCGAGCUUGCGCGCGAUCUAUACUCCGACGUGGAAAAUAUUCUUGCGCACUCUAAGGACGACUUUUUGGUGAAGAAGGCUCUUCAGUGCGCGGCGAAGCUGAUCCAAAAAGACACUUCGCUUGUAGAAGUGUUUUUCCCAUAUAUCAACUCCCGCCUUGUAUCCAAUCAGCAAUCUUCUCAUGGCGUACUCUUGGGUGUGGCAAAGCUUUGCCAAGCGGCAAUUACGGCCAAAGAGAAGUAUGAGUACGACAACUAUCCUGAGAUUUUGCAGUCAAUGGUUCAGAGCAUACCCGAGUUUUUCGCAUUACUACAAGAUAUGAAUUUUACCAGCUUCAAUCCUGAGUACGAUGUUGGGGGUACGUGCGACCCCUUUCUUCAAGUCGAGCUUUUGUACACUAUUCGCUUAUUGUUCGAGCUGGCUCCUCAAGAAACUGAAAGUUAUAAGGACAAGUUAAAUGACUUACUUACAAAAAUUGCCACAAAUUCAGACGGAGCCAAGAACAGCGCCCACGCUGUUUUAUAUGAGUGCGUUCGUACAAUAUUCGCUCUUCAGUUAGACCAGUCACUCAAAGUAUUAGGCGUUAACGUGCUGGCUAAAUUUCUCUCCGGUAAAGACAAUAACACAAAAUAUGUUGCACUGAACACGUUAUUACAUGUUGUACCACAGGAGCCUCAAGCUGUCCAAAAACAUCGGAAAUUUAUAUCUAAAUGUCUUUUCGAUCCCGACAUUUCAAUCAAAACGAGAGCAGUCGAGCUGACGUUCGCUAUUCUCAACGAUUCAAACAUAAAAGAGCUCAUUGAAGAAUUGACAGCAUUCCUCAAACUGACCUCCGAAGAUGAUAAAGACCUGGCAACUUACGUGGUAGAACACAUGAUUGGCCUCUUUGAACAAUACAAACUUGGAGAUGAGAAAUGGGCGUUGGAGGCCACUGUUAACAUUCUCAUGAUUGUGGGUGAGCAUAUCUCAUUAGAGAGACUAAGUGAUAUUUUGAUCAUGAUAAACAAUGCCCGCGACCUUGAUCAUAAAAUCCAGGUUAUUCGCCGUAUACUUGAUGUUUCAUUCGCCAAAUCUGGCGAGAGCGUCAGUAGUGCUAACUUGGGCUGGAAGCUAGUGAGCGCGUGGUGCAUUGGUGAAUAUGGUGAUACUCUUCUUGAAAGCAACAUCUAUCUCGAUACUGAGCUUACAGGAUAUCUGCGCACCUUAGAUGGCCUUUAUUCUGACGAUUGCAAAAUUAUAGGAUACGUCUUGACUGCUGCUCUCAAGCUAUCGUCCAGGCUUCAAAACCCAAGCUGCAUCGAAGAAUUGCGUCAGGUAAUCAAGGGUCACAACAAAGAUACAAAUCUAAUGAUUCAAACUAAGAGCGUCCAGUACGGUAUUCUAUUCAACCUUCCAGCAAAAGAGAAACAUGAUAUUUUAGGGGCCAUGCCAUUGUUUGAGAAAAAACCCAAGAGCGGUGCCGCGCCAGCGGCACGUCCGAAAUUCGGAACAAAGCCUCAAGAGCCCGAUCUUUUGCUAGAACUGUUAGAUGAUGACUAUCCCAAAAAGAGCACCACUUCAAAUGCGGCAGGAUCUCUACUAGAUAUUUUCGGGUCGGCACCCCAAAGCUCUGCUAAACCUGAGAACGGCAAAGGGAACGAUACUGCAGGCCUCACCCAAAAUUUGAUGACAAUACCUAAAGAUGCCCCAGAGGCGUUCCGGUCCACUGACCUGGACGUCCACAUGAAACUCAAGUCGCUGAACGACUACGAGGCGCAUGUUGAGAUGUUCAUACAUGCGAAUGCGUCAAUCAACUCUUUGCAAGUGCUUGCUGCUGUAUCCAAAUCCAAGAAAUUAACUCUAGGAAGCUUGUCCGCCAGUACACUUGCGCCCCGAGAGAAUUGCCGUCAAGAAAUGAUAAUCACAGGCGGUGGGAAGCCUAAGCUGAGAAUAAAACUGACUUUCAAUACCGGAAGCCCAAGCAUUACGAAGACAGAACAAUUCGAUUACAAAUUUGAUCAAUAA